AUGUCCAAACAAACGUACACCAGCAAGGAGGCCUUCCAGGUUCUGACGUUGACAGAUGAGAGCAGCGGGGAGCUUUCAUCAUCGGAUUCUGAUUACGAACCCGUGGAGGGUAGCGAGUCAAUAACCGAAUCGGAGGAGGAAAUGAUUUCUACAAAAAGGAUGAGAAGUUCUGAAGAGGAGACAACCACCAGCACCAUUCAUUAUCCUACUGAAGAGGCGAGCAGCACAGUACACCUGAAUGAGAAGGCCCAUACAAGUCUCCCAGAGGCACGUGCAAAUCCGCUAUGGCUUCCAAGCGAUUCGGGAUCAGCUAGUAUCCCCCCUUUUACUGCACAGCCAGGCAUUCAGGCCAACACCGAAAAUUUUACACCAAUUGAUUUUUUUAAUUUAUUUUUCACAGACGAUUUAUUCCAUUUGAUUGUGGACCAGAGCAAUCUUUUUGCCCAGCAAUACAUCGCGAAUAAACCAAAUUCAAAUUAUGCCGCUCCAUUUGAAUGGACUCCUGUCACAGUGGAAGAAUUCAAAAAGUUUUUGGGCCUCACUCUUAACGCGGGACUUUCACAAAUGAAUGAUGUACAAUCUUGUUGGUCCACAAGCCCUAUUUUUCACAAGCCGCUGUAUUCAUCGGUGAUGUCAAUGAAACGCUAUGAAAUGAUCAUGCGCUUCCUCCAUUUUAGCGACAAUACACUGUGCCCUCCCAGAAAUCGGCCUGGAUAUGAUAAACUUUUUAAAAUUCGCCCGCUUAUUAACAUUUUUUCCCAGAAAUUUGCUCAGUUGUAUAUCCCUGAGAAGCAUAUUUGCGUUGAUGAGUCCCUCAUCCAUUUUACCGGCAGGCUGGGACUCGAACAGAGCACUCCCAAUAAAAGGGACAGAUACGGGGUGAAGCUACACAAACUCUGUGAGAGGGCCACAGGGUAUACAUAUGCCUUCCGUGUUUAUGAAGGGGACGAUAGUCAGCUGGAGCCCCCCGACUGCCCAUCUUAUAUGGGGAAUAGUGGAAAAAUUGUUUUGGACCUUGCACUGCCACUUUUCCAAAAGGGGUACCACCUCUAUGUGGGCGAAUUUUACACGAGCGUGCCCCUUUUUCAUCACCUUUACCAACAGAAAACUUUAGCCUGCGGUAUAGUGCGAGCAAGUCGUGGGGGCUUACCACAACGGCUGGUGACCACAAGGCUACAAAGGGGGGAGUCGAUGAGUUUGAGGAAUAAUGAAGUUUUGGCCCUGAAAUGGAGGAAUAAGAAAAAUGUGUAUGUCCUGUCCUCCAUCCAUAACGACACCUCAGUGGAAUACCAAGGAAGGCACGGUCCAAUCCAAGUUCCUGAGUGCAUGUAUGAUUACAAUGACUUCAUGGGAGGUGUGGAUUUUAAUGACAAAACGCUACAGCCCUUUUUAGCAACCAAAAUGUCCAGCCACUGGUACAAAAAAGUUUCCAUUUACCUCUUCCAGUUGGCAAUUUAUAACUCCUAUGUCCUCUAUCGCAAGUCCACAGAAAGACCAGCCUCCUUUCUCACAUUUGAAAGGGAUAUAAUCACGGCUCUUAUCUACCAGGGAGGCCCUGUACCCGAUAUCAUUCAAACUGAUGUCGUGAGCAGACUGCAUGGGAGACAUUUCCCAAGUGAUAUCCCACCCACAGAAACAGGCCAACAAGGACAAAAAAAAUGUAAAGUAUGCAGCGAGAAUGGAGUAAGUUGUGACACCCCUAUUCAUUGUACCCAGUGUCCCUCCCAACCGGGCCUAUGCAUAGAAAGCUGCUUCAAACGUUACCACACUUUAGUAAGAUAUUAG